AUGAUCUGUCAAGGUAAUAGUCCUUUUUUUCAAUGGACUGCACAAGUUCCAAUAUCUUUUACUGAAUGGAAAUAUGUUCUCACGAAAUUAACACCCAAAGAAACUUCAAAACUCUCAUCAUCUGAUCCUCAUUUUCGAUCAACACCACAAAUAAACAAACAAGAUCGACAGUCAUUACCACGAAAUCAAGUUUUUGGUGAUACAGUUGUUGAUACAUUUCUUGCUUCAUCAUCAAAUAUAGCUCAAUCAUCAAUUGAUAUUUCACAACAAGAUGUACCAAAACUACUUACAUCACCAACAAAACGUUAUGUUUCAUCAUUUAAAACACUUGUUAGUUCAACAAAUAGCAAGCAAACACAACGAUUAAAUCAUUUCAAUGAUAAUGUUAUGAUUCUUAAAUUACCUAAAGAACAUACAAAUAAUGGUUCUGUUACUUGUUCAUCAUUAUCAAGUAAAAAUUCAACUUUAUCAAUGGCAACAACAGCAGCAAUUAUGUCUACUAAAUCACAACAACCACAACAACAACAACAACAACAACAGCAAAAUAUUUCUCCAUUAAAGUUAACUCCAAUAUUAAAAGUAGAAGGACAAAAACGUCGUAUUGUAAAUCAUGAUUCUUCAGUAAUUGUUCCAUCCACCACUGACGUACCCGUUAGUUCCACUUCAACAAAUCAGAUGGCGAUGAGUACUAGUGGUCAUCCUCAAACAAAUUCAUCUGUAUUUAGUUAUCGAAGUGGUGCAGCAGCAGGUGGAAAUACUAUUCGACAAAGAACAAUAGCUGAAACAACAUCAAAUAGUUUAUUAAUAGCAACUGAAAGAUUUAAAUCUAAUAUAUCUUCAUCAAUGCGUACAACACGACAAUUAUUGCCAACAACGACAACAUUAUCAUCUACAUAUACAUCAUCUCAACAAACACAACGAAAUAAUAAUCAAAAUAUAAAAUCACGUAUACAACAAGAAAAAUUCAUGAAUUCUAGAGAAAUUUAUGAAUAUCCUGAUCCAUUUACUAAUUGUCCUCACGAUAUAUUAAAUAAAUUAUCACAACUUACUAAACUUCAAUUAGAAACAAUUGAAUUGGAAAAGAAAAAACGACUUAUUAAGAAAAAACCAAUAACAAAUGGUACUGUUCAAGGCAAAGAUAGUCCAUAA